AUGUCCUCCAACGAUCACACGGAGUCCGGGGUGCCCGGGGCCACGACUUCUCCGCAGCACGUUGAACCCCAAUCCACCGCGACCGCGAUCGAUACAUCAACCGUUCCCACAAGUGACCCUGUCACCGGGACUGAGACCGAGACCGAAGCCACUUCUUCUGUUGUUCCAGCCAAAGACGCCCAGUCAGGUGCUGCCGUGGCCGAGAACCACCCCGCCAGCGGUGGCGACUCCCUCGUCGCCCCCAUGACAGCAACGACUAGUACCACUCCUACCACUCCCGCAAACGACAACCCACUCGUCGCGCAGCCUCAACCCACCGAUAUACCGACAAUGGAUACCCAAGAGACCAAGCCUGAUGUUGAACAUUCGUCAGAACAGUCAGAGGAUGUUUCAGGGAAGGAGAUGGAGGAUAAUGGUCCCUCCCUCGACAUUACCCUGCUAUUGACGACGGGUUCGCGACACCCUUUCACAAUCGAUGGAAAGUAUCUCAAGAAGCGUUCGAUAACCGUGGAGAACAACGAUCCCUUUGCCAUCAGCGUCUAUACACUGAAGGAAUUGAUCUGGCGAGAGUGGCGAUCAGACUGGGAAACUCGUCCUUCUUCACCAAGCUCGAUUCGCUUGAUCUCUUUCGGUAAAUUGUUGGAUGACAAGUCACCUCUAUCUGACUCGAAAUUCAACCACGAUGCCCCCAAUGUCGUACAUAUGACCGUGAAGCCACAAGAAGUCGUCGACGAGGAAGAUGCGAAGGGAGCCAAGGCACAGUACAGUCGCGAGCGUGAAGCCAGCGAGCGCAGCCCUGGUUGCCGUUGUGUCAUCUUAUAA